AUGAAGAAACAGCUUGUUUUUCAUUCGUUUCUAGGACGUAUAUAUUAUUGUAUUAUCCGAACCCUUUGUGAUGGUUGUGAAAGUGCUGCUGCUGUUGUCUUCUGUGCGGCUGAUGAGGCUGCUCUUUGCUCUGCCUGUGAUGUAAAAGUCCACAUGUGCAACAAGCUUGCCAGCCGACAUGUCCGGGUGGGUCUGGAAAAUUCAAGUGAUGGUCCUGGCUGUGACAUAUGUGAAAACGCACCUGGCUUCUUUUACUGUGAGAUAGAUGGAAGCUCCCUUUGUUUGCAAUGUGAUAUGGCUAUACAUGUUGGAGGUAAAAGAACCCAUGGAAGAUAUCUUUUAUUAAGGCAGAGAGUUGAGUUUCCAGGGGGAAAAUCUGGUAAUGUAGAGGACCCAGCUUCACAACAGGUGGGUCCCAAUGACACCAAAAGAGGCCAAAAUCAGAUAGCUAAAACAACAGCAGGAGAGAAGCAACAAAAUCACAAGGAUUUUCCUGUUGAAGAGAAGGAUGCUAAAGCUGAUGGCCAUCAUAAUAUGGGAUCUGAAAUGAUAGAUUUGAAUAUGAAGCCUCAUUGGUGAAGCCUCAAAAAUCUUAUAAUCUACCCACUGGAAGCCAUUAAUGUGUUUUGUUUAUGAUGCCAAAAUGGACACUCUUGUUGUUCGUAUGGAUCCCGAAUAUUAAUUCUAAGAAAGAUGGCUGAUCCUGCAACGGCAGUAAAACAAGUCCAUAUGGUUAAUGUUCACCAAGAUCCUUUACUUUCAAUCAUCAGUGUACCAAAAUUGUGUUAGUUUACACUGUACGCCAAAUGCUACUGUAAUACUACCUUGCGGAAUGGAGUAAGACAAUUCUUUCA